UGGACGAGGAGGAAACGCCGUACCUGGUCAAGCUGCCCGUGGCCCCCGAGCGCGUCACGCUGGCCGACUUCAAGAACGUGCUCAGCAACCGGCCCGUGCACGCCUACAAAUUCUUCUUCAAGUCCAUGGACCAGGAUUUCGGGGUGGUGAAGGAAGAGAUCUCAGAUGACAAUGCCAGGCUGCCCUGCUUCAAUGGUAGAGUGGUCUCCUGGCUGGUCCUGGCCGAGGGUGCACACUCGGACGCAGGGUCUCAGGGCACCGACAGUCACACAGACCUACCCCCACCACUUGAGCGGAUGGGUGGCAUCGGGGAUUCCCGGCCCCCCUCCUUCCACCCCAAUGUGGCCAGCAGUCGUGACGGGAUGGACAACGAGACGGGCGCAGAGUCCCUGCUCAGCCAUCGGCGGGAGCGAGCCCGGCGCCGGAACCGUGAGGGCCGAGAGGACGCCUCCCGGACCAAUGGGCACCCGCGGGCAGAGCGCCGGCGAGACCUGGGCCUGCCCCAUGACAGCGCAUCCACCGCGAUGAGCAGCGAGCUGGAGUCCAGCAGCUUCAUUGACUCCGACGAGGAGGACACCAGCCGGCUGAGCAGCUCCACGGAGCAGAGCACCUCCUCACGGCUGAUCCGAAAGCACAAGCGACGGCGCCGGCGGCAGCGCAUGCAACAGACUGACCGAGCCUCGUCCUUCAGCAGCAUCACGGACUCCACCAUGUCCCUGAACAUCAUUACCGUCACGCUUAACAUGGAGCGGCACCACUUCCUGGGCAUCAGCAUCGUGGGGCAGAGCAACGAUCGCGGCGAUGGUGGCAUCUACAUCGGCUCCAUCAUGAAGGGGGGCGCUGUGGCAGCUGAUGGCCGCAUCGAGCCGGGGGACAUGCUGCUGCAGGUGAAUGAUGUCAACUUUGAGAACAUGACCAACGAUGAUGCAGUCCGCGUGCUGCGGGAGAUUGUGUCACAGACGGGACCCAUCAGCCUCACUGUGGCCAAGUGCUGGGAUCCGACCCCCCGGAGCUACUUCACCAUACCCAGGGCUGACCCGGUGAGGCCCAUCGAUCCAGCCGCCUGGCUGUCCCACACGGCGGCGCUGACAGGUGCCCUGCCCCGCUACGGUACGAGCCCCUGCUCCAGUGCCGUCACACGUACCAGCUCCUCCUCACUAACGAGCUCUGUGCCCGGUGCUCCACAGCUGGAGGAGGUGCCCCUGACGGUGAAGAGCGACAUGAGUGCUGUUGUGCGGGUCAUGCGGCUGCCGGACUCGGGGUUGGAGAUCCGAGACCGCAUGUGGCUCAAGAUCACCAUCGCCAACGCUGUCAUUGGCGCGGACGUGGUGGACUGGCUGUACGCCCACGUGGAGGGCUUCAAGGAGCGGCGCGAAGCCCGCAGGUACGCCAGCACCAUGCUGAGGCACGGCUUCCUGCGGCACACGGUCAACAAGGUCACCUUCUCAGAGCAGUGCUACUACGUCUUUGGCGACCUGUGCAGCAAUCUGGCAGCCCUGAACCUCAACAACGGCUCCAGCGGGACCUCAGAUCAGGACACCCUGGCCCCGCUGCCCCACCCGGCUGCCCCUUGGCCUUUGGGCCAGGCCUUCCCCUACCAGUACCCGGGGCCCCCGCCCUGCUUCCCGCCCGCCUACCAGGACCCUGGCUUCAGCUACGGCAGUGGCAGCGCUGGCAGCCAACAGAGUGAAGGAAGCAAGAGCAGCGGGUCCACCCGGAGCACCGGCGGAAGCAGCCGGCGAGCCCUGGGCCGUGAGAAGGAGCUCCGAGCAGCCGGUACAGGGGGCAGCGGCAGCGAGCUGGACCCCACAGCGCCCAGCGGCGUGGGCAGCUGGCGGGAACGCCCAGCCAGCCAGCUCAGCCGUGGCAGCAGCCCUCACAGCCAGGCUUCGGCCGCUCCUGGGCUGCCUCCCUUGUGCCCCCUGGCCAAGGUGUAUGCAGCAGUGGGAGGGCCGCCGGGAGGGCCACCUGUGCGGGAGCUGGCCUCCGUGCCCCCGGAACUCACAGGCAGCCGCCAGUCCUUCCAGAAGGCCAUGGGGAACCCCUGUGAGUUCUUUGUUGACAUCAUGUGACUGACGGAGAAAGUGCCUUCAGCCCCACCGGCCGUAGGGGCGGUCUUGCCCCCUGCAUGGAAGUCACCUUCCCACCCACGGAGGGAAGGGGGGACAGGGGGAGGGGGUAGCAGCCCAUAGGGGCUGUGUGUUGGGGCUUGCCUUAGUGACAGCCAGGCCUGAGGU